CCUGGCUCGGGCGGACAUGAGAUCGAAAAGAAGACUUUCAGGACCGGACUUGGUGCACUGAAAAGAUAUUUUCAGUUUUGUGUUCGUAAUCCUGCGUUUUGACCUACUGAUUUCAUGUGGAAAAUUCUUCAUUUAUCUGGAUCACAACUUUGUUUUCAUGAACCAUCUGUCGCUCACAGGAUCUAACUUUGAUGCUGUAUUACAAAAAUUCUCACAAGGAAUUGUUCACACAGGAAGGUUUUCAUUACAGCUUAUUUUUGAAUUGGGAGACUAUUUUAGGAGGACUUUGGCUGCAGUUCGUUGUGUUGUACUCUAAUAACAACAUGGGGAUCGUAUUUUGGACUUUUUCUCUUUUGGCUCUUCCAGUGCUUCAGUCUGCCAAGAUCCUGACUGUCUGUCUAAUUGGAGGAAGCCACUACCUCUUAUUAGAUGAAAUUUCUCAUAACUUACACCAGCAUGGCCAUGAGGUCCGCAUGCUCCUGCAACUUGGUAACCCUGUUAUUACAGGUUUUUCCUAUGCAGGCCGUGCAGACAGUUACCAGAUGAGCACCUGGUCUUUAGGAGAGAAAUACAUCCAGGAAUACAAUGGCUGGUUCCUGGAGCAACAAACACAGUUUCUACUGGGAAGGGAUAACUUUAACAUGUUUCUAAAAUUCAUGGAUCACCUGUCCUAUCAGUGUGACAAGCUGUUGGGCGACAAAGAGUUAAUAACUUUCCUUCAGAGGGAGCGCUACGACAUCGCCAUCCUUGACGCUUUUAACCCCUGUUCCUUCAUCCUGGCACGCAAACUUGAUGUCCACUAUAUAGCUUUCUAUCCCGGCACUCUGAACGGUCCUCUGUCCAUCGCUCUUCCCAGCCCAGUGUCCUACAUCCCAGUAUUCAGCUCCCAGCUGUCAGACCACAUGAACCUUUGGGGUCGUGCAAAGAACCUCUUUUACUUUUUCCUGGCUCCUGUUGCCCAGGAACUUGUAUGGUCUACAUUUAAGGAAGUAGCAGAGCGCCACCUUGAGUCAGGCUCACCCCCUGGUGGUCUGGAGGAGUUACAUCAAGGAGCUGAACUCUGGGCCUUCAACACUGACUUUUCACUGGAGUUCCCUCAGCCUCUUAUGCCCUACACUGUGCUGGUGGGAGGUCUGCUGAAUAAACCUGCGAACCCUCCAGAGCAGGAUCUUGAGUUGUGGAUCACCAGUUUUGGAGAAGCAGGUUUCAUUGUCGUGACUCUGGGAUCAAUGGUAUCUUCGGUCUCUGUGGACCUUCUGUUAAUGGAGCUGGUGGCUGGUUUCUCCAGGAUCUCUCAGGGGGUGCUGUGGAGGUAUGACCCCAAUCGAUGGCCGUCUCACCUGGACAGACCUCCCAAUCUCAGGCUUGUGGACUGGCUACCUCUAAAUGACCUGCUGGGCCACAAAAAAGCACGUCUCUUCAUCACCCACGGUGGACAAAACAGCCUGCUGCAGGCAGUGUACCAUGCUGUCCCUGUGCUGGCAAUCCCUCUGUUUGGAGACCAGUUUGAUAACGUGGUGAGGGCCGAAACAAAGGGACUUGGCCUCAGCAUCAAACCCACACACAUCACCAGGGAACUGCUCAGCUCCACUGUUCAAACACUCAUACAGGACAUCAGGUUCAAGUCUUCAGCUUUAUCCCUUAGCAGGAUCCACAAAUCCAAUCCUGUCCCUCCAGCCCUUCGAUUCACCCAGUGGGUGGAGCACAUCCUGCACAGUGGAGGUGGAACUCAUUUAAGGCCGGCUUCACUGGCGCAACCAUGGUACCAGAGAUACCUUUUGGACUUGGUGCUUCUUCUCUCCCUGGGGCUUCUUGCACCGGUCGUUCUCUGCUGGACUUUCUGUCGGAACAAGAACAGCAUGGAUAAACACAAAAAAAUACAAUAGCAGCACUAAGCGUUUCCUCUGGGACACUUCAGACUUAUACCUCAGGGCUGUGUUAAUUGUUUAUCUUGGACUUAUUGUCUACUGUACCAAUAUGAAUUCCUGCUGACCUACACUACUGCCGGUGUUCAAUGAAUAAACCAUGCUUGUUGUAACUGAUUGAUAAAAUUCACAUUUAAAUACAUAAAACAAAGAGUGAUAGCAGGCUGGCAUGUUGAAGUAGGAGACCUUUGCUUUGACACAAGCAAUGAACUUAAACUCUUUUUUCCCCUUAAUAAUCAAAAGAAAAGCUGCAAAAUACUGCAAAGCAUUAAAAUUAUGAAAGUUAAAUUUAACUUGAAAGAAAAAUUAAGUGGUUUCAAUAUCAGUUUUAAGACAAUGCAUUUAAAACAGUUUAUGAUGCUGAUAACAUGUUGGCUCAACAUUUCUGUAUUUCCAGUUUUCCUUCAGUGGAAUAGCCCUUAUGUCAAGCAUCUUGCCCUCUCCCCUUCCAGCGCCAUCAUGUCUACCAGACAUCUCAUUUGUGCCACAGCGCCACAAUGUCCAACACCUCUGUGCUGCUUUGACCUGGCUGCGCUGCGAGCAGGGGUGGUUGACGGUAUGCACGCAAAACACUCACAUGCGCCCUAACUAAGCACAGCUUGUGUGCUUUUGUGUUGUUGCCAAAUGGCAGCAAACUGUGUUUAUUGUAGAUGAGUGAAUGCUAAGAAUGUUUUUGUGUGCUGCUUUGCUCGUCUGGUUUGUGUACACGUGUUGACAAAUUAUGCUGAGAGUCCCAGAAUGGACCUGAAUUUUCAAAAAAUGUGCUCUACCUUUAAAGUGUGUGUGUGCAUGUGUGUGUUUGUAGCAGCAUUAUGGUCUACUGGCUCUUCUGUUAUUAACCACCAGCUCCACCUGCAAGUCCCAACUCUGACCUCCACAACCUCCUCUGCUGGUUCUCACUGAGUCUCCUUCCCCUUUUGAAACAAGACACAAAAGCGCACAGCAAUGUUCACAGUCAGUGCUCAAGCCACUGUUGAGAUCAGACCAGGCCUUGGAGGACCCCCCCUCUCUGUUCUGUCCUCCCUCCGACUCCUAACAUCUGUGUUGGGGGUUAGCAGGGAGGAAAAUAUAGAUUAGCAAGGAAAUAAUGACCAAUUAGGACAGCUUGUUCUCUGUCCAUUCAGCUGUCCAUUCCUUCCCUGCGUUUCACUUGUCUGUUUGUCUGGCAGUUGCAGGUGCCAGUGAGUCUUCCUCUGUCUCGCACGCAAUCCAAACCAGGCAGGGCGAAGCAGCCGAAGCAUGACAGGACAGGGCCAGGGGAGAAAAAAAAAGAAAAAUGCAACAAAGGCUAACUUUAAUGAAGCAGAAGAAGAAUACAUCAAUGAAAAUUAGAACAUAGGGAAAUCAUAGAACAGAGAAAAAAACCCAAAAACGAAGCAGAGAGAAACAGAAGCUAAAAGAACUAGUGUUCAGAAUACCACAGAAUAAAAGAGACAACAUAUGCAAUCAUCUAUACAUUUUAUGUAAAACUAUGACAAUUCAAAACUGUUUUACUACAGGUAUCCAGCAGUGAAAAGCAAGAUGAAAUCAACAAAAAUAAAUUGAUUCAUGAUCACUAAUAAGUUGAUGAGUGAUGUAAA